CCCCUUUGAUGGCUGUGAUGGCAUGAGUAGUUGAAGUGGUUUUUGCUAACAUCAUGAUGCGUUCUUUCCAGCUUUAUUGCUAUCUGAUUGAGAGUGUCUCCCCUCAGAUUUUUGUGUAUGGUUUAGAAAUGGAAAUGGCCAUGCACAUCAGAGUUUAAAUUUUCCUAGGAAAGUCUGCCAUGAACUGUAGGACCUAUAACUUCUAGAGAUGAGGGACCCCUGACAUCUGUGGACUCUGGACCCUGACUUCCGUGGACUCUGGACCCUGACUUCCGUGGACUCUGGACCCUGACUUCUGUGGGCUCUGGACGCUGACAUCUGUGGACUGUAGAAUUUAUGACUUCUGUGGAUUGUGUGUGGGGCCUCUGCCUUCCAUGGACUGUGGGGCUGUGACUUCUGUGGAAUCCCGACCUCUGAAUUCUGUGAACUGUGAGACCUCUGACUUCUUUGGCCUGUGGGAUCUCUGACUUCUGUGGCCUGUGAGAUCUCUCACCUCUGUGGCACAUAGGACCUCUGACUGUGGUCUCUGGGCCCUGUGACCUCUUUGACUUCCAAGUCUUCUGUGGACUGCAGGACCUCAUCUACAUGUGUAUUGCCAGAAGAGAGGCUUGACCAUGUUAACCUGUUUCUCUCCUGAGGCGUUACAUACUAGAAUUUCUGCUCAGUCUCAUGGCUUAGAUUGCCACGGCAGUGAAGUUUCUGCAGAAUUCCCGGGUCCGCCAGAGCCCACUUGCAACCAGGAGAGCAUUCCUAAAGAAGAAAGGACUGACAGAUGAAGAGAUUGAUAUGGCCUUCCAGCAGUCGGGCACUGCUGCCGAUGAGCCUUCGUCCUUGGGCCCAGCCACGCAGGUGGUUCCUGUCCAGCCCCCUCACCUCAGCUCUCAGCCAUACAGCCCCGCAGGAUCCCGAUGGCGAGAUUACGGCGCCCUGGCCAUCAUCAUGGCAGGCAUCGCAUUUGGCUUUCACCAGCUCUACAAGAAAUACCUGCUCCCCCUUAUCUUGGGCGGCCGAGAGGACAGGAAGCAGCUGGAGAGGAUGGAGGCCGGUCUCUCUGAGCUGAGUGGCAGCGUGGCCCAGACAGUGACUCAGUUGCAGACGACCCUCGCCUCCGUCCAGGAGCUGCUGAUUCAGCAGCAGCAGAAGAUCCAGGAGCUCGCUCACGAGCUGGCCGCUGCCAAGGCCACCACAUCCACCAACUGGAUCCUGGAGUCCCAGAAUAUCAACGAACUCAAGUCCGAAAUUAACUCCUUGAAAGGGCUUCUUUUAAAUCGGAGGCAGUUCCCUCCGUCCCCGUCAGCCCCAAAGAUCCCCUCCUGGCAGAUCCCGGUCAAGUCACCGUCACCCUCCAGCCCCGCAGCCGUGAACCACCACAGCAGCAGCGACAUCUCACCCGUCAGCAAUGAGUCCACAUCGUCCUCACCUGGGAAGGAGGGCCACAGCCCCGAGGGCUCCACGGUCACCUACCACCUGCUGGGCCCCCAAGAGGAAGGCGAGGGGGUGGUGGACGUCAAGGGCCAGGUGCGGAUGGAGGUGCAAGGCGAGGAGGAGAAGAGGGAUGACAAGGAAGACGAGGAGGACGAGGAGGAUGAUGACGUGAGCCAUGUGGACGAGGAGGACUGCCUGGGGGUGCAGAGGGAGGACCGCCGGGGCGGGGAUGGGCAGAUCAACGAGCAGGUGGAGAAGCUGCGGCGGCCCGAGGGUGCCAGCAACGAGAGUGAGCGGGACUAGGGCCGCGCCCACUGCCUCCAGCCCUGAGGACGGUGUCCGGUAUGCCAGUGCGUGGCCACACCCUGCCUCCCUCUCUGGCCCUGGGAGGGCAGCUUGGAGCCCAGGUAGGGGGCAGAGCUGUCCUCAGCUGCACUGUGGCCUGGUGGCAGCGUGGGGGUCGCACUUCUGUCCGCCUGGCCUCCUCUCACCUGGCCACCAGCCCCAGCCCCAGGCCCAGCAGCCUUUGGCUUUGAUCUCAAGUCCGGCUGAAGGCAGCGAAGCCUUGGGGCUCAAGCCCCUGCCCAGCCCCUCCCGGACAGACGCCUUGCCCAGGGUGUGUUUGCCGAGUGUCUUGACUACCGUGACACCACGCAUGGCCAGAGCUAGCGUCCCUACUGUCCCCCGACUCCUCAGUGGAGGAGGAGCUGCGGUCCCUCUGGUGUCUGCCAUCCCCCUCCCUCCCUGGACCCGGCCCUGGACCCCGCAGGUGCCUGCCCCCAGCACCAACCCCACUCGUGCCCCGUCGUCCUCCCAGACAAAUGAAACCAUGCUGCGCUUCUGAUGCCCUCGCUUGCCGUGUCAUGGUUCAGCUAAUCCCAUGGCGAGAUGGGGGCUCACUCCCUCGGAGGAGCCAGGCACCAGGGCUUUCCUGACCAACAGCCAGCUCUGUCCUUCCCCCCAAGAAACACAUGUUCAUUUGUGUGAUCAUGUAUAGACCUCAGAAUGGAAGAUAGGACUGUAUAUAAUUGUAAUAAAUACCAGUUGCCACUAUUUAA